UCGACGCUCGUGCGGCUCCAGCGCGAGAAGCUGCCCGCGGCGGCCGCGCGCGACGAGAUAUUGGGGCUCCUGCGCGAGUUCCAGGUGCUUUUGAUCGAGGGCGGCACGGGCUGCGGCAAGACGACGCAGGUCCCCCAGUUCCUCCUCGACGACGCGCGGGCCCGGGGCGUCGGCGCCAAGGUCGUCGUCGCCCAGCCGCGGCGCCUCGCGGCCGUCGGCGUGUCCGCGCGCGUCGCCGACGAGCGCGGCGAGGACGUCGGCCGGACAAUAGGCGUCGCCGUGCGCGGCGAGGCGCGUUUAGGCGACGAGACCCAGGCGCUCUUCUGCACGACGGGCGUCCUACUGCAGCGGCUCAAGGUCGACGGGUCGCUGGAAAACGUGACGCACGUCGUCGUCGACGAGGUCCACGAGCGGCACCUGGACGCGGACCUGCUCCUCGCGCUGCUGCGGCCCGCGUUGCGCGCGCGGCCGGACCUGCGGGUCAUCCUCAUGUCGGCGACCAUGGACACGAGCCGCUUCGCGGCCUACUAC